AAAGGCGGUCCAGGUACUGUCAGAAUGGGGACAUCUUUAGAGGUUGCAACCGGGUCGUAAUGACUUCCUGCAGCAGAGUCUGAUUGAGAAGAAGCGCUUCCGGCAGCCUUGAACCGCCGGUCAACACACCAGCCUUCCGGACCUGAUACGAACCUCGUCUCAGGCCUCUCGGAAACGAUGAGCCGCCCAGUCCAGUACCUGCGAAGUGGCAGUCUAUAGUGGAGCCUCCUUGCCUCGGUCCGGGUCCAGAUCUCCCUGUGUCUGGGCUGCCCCAGCAUUAAACGACCCCAGGGCACUGUGACUGGCGCCCGAGUCUGUUGAUGGAAGAACGUCCUUGGUCCAACAGUGUUGCUGACACUGACUUUUUCUAAGUGGUCUUGAACUGCCUAGUUUUUAUGUCAAUACCUGGCUAGACCUCGUAUUCUUCACUACAGAAGCCCUUAACCUGCAGUUGCUAGAGAUUUUAAAACACUGCCUUUAGGAUACCAUCCACAUUUAACUUGGGAGCUCUUCCUUUGUAAUUCCAAAAUGUUGAGAUACUGGGGAGAGAUACCAAUCUCAUCAAGCCAGACCAACAGAAGUUCUUUUGACUUGCUCCCUCGGGAGUUCCGACUGGUAGAAGUCCAUGACCCGCCUCUGCACCAACCCUCAGCCAACAAGCCCAAGCCCCCCACUAUGCUGGACAUCCCCUCAGAGCCCUGCAGCCUCACCAUCCACACCAUUCAGCUAAUCCAGCACAACCGACGUCUGCGUAACCUCAUUGCCACAGCACAGGCCCAGAAUCAGCAACAGACAGAAGGUGUAAAGACUGAAGAGAGUGAACCUCUUCCAUCCUGCCCUGGGUCGCCUCCUCUUCCUGAUGAUCUUCUUCCUUUAGAUUGUAAGAAUCCCAAUGCACCAUUCCAGGUCCGGCACAGUGACCCAGAGAGUGACUUUUAUCGGGGGAAAGGGGAGCCUGUGACUGAACUCAGCUGGCACUCCUGCCGACAGCUCCUCUACCAGGCAGUGGCCACAAUCCUGGCCCACGCGGGCUUUGAGUGUGCUAAUGAGAGCGUCCUGGAGACCCUGACUGAUGUGGCACACGAGUACUGCCUGAAGUUCACUAAGCUGCUGCGCUUUGCUGUGGAUCAGGAAGCCCAGCUGGGGCAGACUCCCUUCCCCGACGUGAUGGAGCAGGUGUUCCAUGAAGUGGGCAUCGGCAGCGUGCUCUCCCUCCAGAAAUUCUGGCAGCACCGCAUCAAGGACUAUCACAGUUACAUGCUGCAGAUUAGUAAGCAGCUCUCUGAAGAGUAUGAGAGGAUCGUCAAUCCUGAGAAGGCCACAGAGGACACGAAGCCUGUCAAGAUCAAGGAGGAACCUGUGAGCGACAUCACCUUCCCUGUCAGUGAAGAACUGGAGGCCGACCUUGCUUCUGGAGACCAGUCGCUGCCCAUGGGAGUCCUUGGGGCUCAGAGCGAGCGCUUCCCAUCUAACCUGGAGGUCGAGGCUUCACCACAGGCUUCAAGUACAGAGGUAAAUGCUUCUCCUUUUUGGAACUUGGCCCACGUGAAAAUGGAGCCUCAAGAAAGUGAAGAAGGCAACGUCUCUGGGCACGGCGUACUGGGCAGCGAUGUGUUUGAGGAGCCGAUGUCAGGCAUGAGUGAAGCUGGGAUCCCCCAAAGCCCUGAUGACUCAGACAGCAGCUACGGCUCCCAUUCCACUGACAGCCUCAUGGGCUCCUCCCCUGUUUUCAACCAACGCUGCAAAAAGAGGAUGAGGAAAAUAUAAAAGGCAAAGAGGGAGACCUCUCCAGACUUAAAAGACCUAACAGAAACUCUGGUGAAUUCUUAUUUGUUUCCACAAAUAGUGAUUAAACUCUUAAACACAA